GUUGAAAAUAGAAGUGACGCCACAGUUUUUUCUAAGGUUCCAAAUACUGAAUUUAUUUAAUCAKAGAAGCGGGAAGAUUGAUAAAAACGGUGGAUAAAAGGAAAUGAAAACAAAAGACACGUAACCAGGAGACCCGCAGACCGGAAAGAUGUUCUGUUUCGGUGUUAAAUCCGGGAGGUCGUCCGUGUCUUUACACAAGAUCUUCUUUGUUUCCUUGUUACACAUGAAAGCUCAUCACGUCAGUCUCUGUCCUCUACAUUUAUGGAGACGUUGUCUCCAUAGUGGGAUCAUUCGCUCUUUGCCUGCCGGACCAGAAUCCUCUCCUCCUCCUGCAGUGACGGGCCUGGCUGACAGCGCCUCCUUAGAUCAGAGCCAGGACUCCUCUUCCACUUGGUCCCCUGAGCAAGGACCCCCACCUGCUCCCACCCACUGCUGCAUGAGUGGUUGCCAYAACUGCGUUUGGAUCGAACAUGCGGAGCAGCUCCUAGCAUAUUAUCAUGAUGGAGGAGACAGAGCGCUUGCUGCCAUAGAGGAAAAUGUUCUUGAUGAGAAUCUCAAGGCAUAUCUUAAGAUGGAGAUCAAACUGCUGAAAAAGACGUGAUGCUUUCCAUGGACUCCCACCUACCUCAUGUGGUCAGAUUUUYAGUCAGUUUAYGGGCUUUAUGUAAGCUCAAUGAGUGACUUGUGUUUGGUUUUGUUUUUUUGUUUUUUUUUCCUGCAAGCAGCCACAGAGUUUUGACAAGAAAAUGUUGAAGCGUCCUUUUGACAUUUCGUUGAUAGAUGAAGUCGCAUUGUGCCUCUUUUAGUCUCCUGUAGCUUUAAUUCACAAACGCCUUUUUUUUUUUUUUUUGAAAAUCGUCUUUGUUUAAUUUUGUUGUAAUUGAAUUAUAUUCUAUUAUAAUAAGUUUUUCAUAGAUUUUUUUUAAAAAUAAAGUUUGUUCUAUUUAUUUAUUUUAACUUAAAGGUUCCUGCUUUUUUUCUCCCUUCUGGGCACAGAGAAAUAGUCCAAAUAGCCAAACAAACCUAUCAGUUACAACUAAAAAAAGAGUAAAAAGGCUGUAGGAAUGAGCUGCUGUUGUCUCCAAGUGUCGAUUCAAAAUCGGUUUUAAAYUUUGCUACUUAUACCACAAAUCUUCCUCCAAAAAUAAGUUGUGCAAGUGAACAGGUAGGGUUUUUUCGCGUGAGCUGUGUGUGUCAAGAAAUAUGUCGUGAUGGUGUUUGAGAUAAUGGCUGAGGAAAUGGCACACUUUCUAACCUCAAAACAGGAAAUUGCACUGCAUGCUCAUGGUCAUYCAUAGCUUUACUUGGUAGAAGUGGUUGCGAAACGCUCUUCUACAGCUUUGAGUUUUCUUCUCAAAGCUGCUUACCCACUAUUUCCUAUCUUGCUAUGUAUGCUGAUUUAACACAUAAAACAUUUAUUAAAYGUGUCUAAACAUGAGAUCCA